AAUAGCUUAAUCAAGCUUAAUAGUCUUCAUGGUCGGCUGUCAUUAAAUAAACUGGCAAACGCUGGCAAAUAGACAUACAUAAAUAAAUAAAUAAAUAUAUAUGCUAAAUAGCAAUCUUAAAAAAAAAAAAACAAGUUACUUGGUUGAAUCUCAACAUAUAUAUCAACAUCAAAUAAACAUAAAUAUUAAUUAGUACUAUUUCAUUACUUUUAUUAGUUUGUUUCAUAAGUUUAAUAAAAAAUUUUUAAAAAAUGAGUCAAAGACCAGACGAUCACAGAAGAAAAUGGAACCGGGAGGAGUACGAGAGCAUGGCUUUACAAAGACUCCAGGCAGAAAUUGCCGAAGAAGAUCUCGGUAUUCCAAAACAACCUGCUGUAAAAAGAGAAAUGUUAAAGCAGAGAGAUUACAAGGUUGAUUUGGAAUCAAAAUUAGGAAAAAGUGUUGUUAUAAACAAAGCAACACCUUCCUCUCAAACUGGCGGUUAUUACUGCAAUGUUUGUGAUUGUGUUGUAAAGGAUUCCAUUAAUUUUCUUGAUCACAUUAAUGGCACCAAACAUCAACGUAAUCUUGGCAUGUCAAUGAAAAUUGAAAGAUCUACUGUUGACCAAGUAAAAGCACGAUUCGCAGCUAAUAAAAAAAAGUUAGAAGAAAAAAAAAGAGAUUAUGAUUUAGAACAAAGAGUUAAAGAGUUGAAAGAAGAAGAGGAAAAAAUAAAAGAAUACAGAAAAGAACGGAGGAAAGAUCGCAAAAGAAAAAUUGAAGAAUCCAAUGAGCCAGAAGAAGAUAUAGAUGAAAUGGCAGCUGUAAUGGGAUUUUCAGGAUUUGGAAGUUCAAAAGCAAAAAAAUAAAAUUAAAAAAUAUAAGAUAAAUUUUUUUCAAUUUUUAUUUCAUUCAAUUUUCAUUAAUAAUAAUUUGAUGAUGUGAAAAUUAGAA